AUGGGAAAGAAGAAGAUUGCUAUAGAGAAGAUUGAAAACAAGCAGUCUCGCCUUGUGACUUUCUCAAGGAGAAGGAAUGGGCUCUUCAAGAAAGCCAAAGAUUUCUCAAAUCUCUCCGGCUCAUCCGUUGCAAUUCUUGUAAUCUCUCCAGGGGGCCGCCGUUACACUUAUGCCUCUCCUUCCUUUGACUCAGUGGUCGACCAAUUCCUCUCCGAAACCAUUGAUGGCUCUUCCACUGUGACUGACGGUUCUUCUUCAUUUGACUAUGUGGAUGACCAAUUUCUCCCCACCCACCAAAGCUGGAUCAACUUCCGUUGA